AAAAAAAGGGGGGGGGGUGGAUUCCGAUAUUUUAGUUUGCCCACCAUUAUUUACUCUCCAAUCAUGGUUGAUCGUUGGCAAUUGAGAGGUUUUGUUUUCAAUUUUAUGGUUAGACUAAUAGAAAUAGCUAGACAAUUAGCUCUCUUGAACGCCAACAAUGAGGGUCUCCAACACUGUACUGCUGUGUUUCCUGGCCACUCCUUACCUGACGUUCCUAUGUAACGGUCUUCAAUACACAGAAUACGUCGAGGUAGAGUACAAUGAAAAUGGCGAAGGUGUCGCUUAUCCAGAAAAAGAAGAAGGUAUCUCGUAUCCAGAGUAUCCAACGUACCCCGAGUAUCCAGAUUACCAAGAGUACCCAGACUAUCCAGAAGAAACUACUAGACGACCAUGUGCCUCAUCAACAGCGAAACCUACAACAACUAAACCAGCACCAACAACAACUAAACCAGCACCAACAACAACUACAGCAGCACCAACAACAACUACAGCAGCACCAACAACGACCAAAACGACGCCUAAACCUACUACUACAAAUCCACCUGCCCCGACAACAACAACUGUGAAGCCUUGUGAAAAAACGGCGAAAUCCGAUAUAAUGGAAGUACUGGACGCCUCCAGCAGUAUUGGAGAAACGAACUGGGGUCAUCAGACGAAAUUCGCUGCAGAUAUUACACAGGCCUUCAAAAUCGGACCAAACGACAUUCAAUUCGGAUGUUUGAUCUUCAACAAUGAAACCACAAAGAUAUUUGAUUUGAAAACAUUCAGUGACAAGACAUCUCUUUAUAAUAAAAUCAGAAGCAUUGCUUAUCCCACCAACCAGGGCACAUUUACGUACAGGGCGCUCAGGAAGAUCAGGGAAGAAGGAUUGUUUUCUCCAUUUUAUGGCGGCAGACCGGGAGCCAGCAAGAUCGUAAUUGUCAUGACAGAUGGGCAGUCUAGUGACAAGGCAAAAACAAUCAGUGAAGCAGAACUUCUGAAGAAGUCCGGGGUCACUAUCAUAGCCGUUGGUAUUGGGAGCGAGGUGGACACUACAGAGCUGAAGGCAAUUGCCACUGACCCUAACAAGGUGUUCUCCGCUGAAAACUUUACCCUGUUGGAUGUCAUAAAGAAAGAACUGGUCAAUUUUACCUGCGAACAAACUGGCAGGAGUUAGCAAUGUGUACAGACUGAAGAAUAUUUUGAAGAUUAAAAUAUGUUACAAACACUA